AUGUCUACACUUUACGAGGGAGAGCGCUUGGCGCUAAAUCCCCAUCCUGUAGUCUACAGGUUCUUUCCAGCAGAGCGUGUCUUCGGGUCCCUUGUCGUCUUCAUACCGGGAAUGGCUCACAAUGCCCGAAUCUCAUAUGGCGGACACCCCGGCUCCCAUGCCCAGGACUUCCUCGCCUACUGGUUCAACGAUGAAGGCCACUCAUUUCUGGGGCUCUCCUAUCCUCUGGACUCCGACUCACUCAUGCCAGCCACCAGCCCCGACUUCAUUAUCCCCAAAUGGGGUCUGCAAGCCGCUGCGGUAAUCCACGAUGUGAUUGUGGGGCAUCGCCUUCCCAGCAGAGUGAUCAUCUUGGCUUGGAGUAUGGCCGGCAAGAUCCUCCAUCCAGUCGCUGCUUACUGUCGCGAGCUCAAUAUUGAAGUCGAGCUCUUUGUCUCCCUCGCCGCAACACCCGCCUUGCCCGGACUCCUUCCCGUCCCACCCAGGAAAGACAUUGUUAAGACUGCCGCCGGAUAUGCCACAAAGCCUUCGCUGGAGAAGAAGUUCCUUCAACAGAUUGAGGAGCAAACAAAUUCAAGAUCCGGAUCGGAGAGAUAUCUUCAUCGAAACGAUAUACCCCGCCACAUUUUGAUCGGAGAUCAACCCAUCAUUGAUCCGGUUACCUACAAGCGAGACUAUCUCGGUGCCACUCCAAUUGGCCUCACUGCAUCCGGCCUUCGGUAUGACACCGAAAAGAACGAUUUUGUCGAAGAAGAGCCAGGCAAGCUUAUGGAACACGGACAAGUGCACGAUUUCAAAAACCUACCUCCCAUGGCAGCGAUUUUCCCGAGCAGUGCCCUGGAUUUUCGACACGCAUUGACCGAUAAACCAAUCUGGGGUCAUCUUAUGAUUCAGCGAGCCACCUGCAGAUUAAUUGACGAGGGAAUCUCAGACUUGUGCAGUGAACCUGGUGUAGCUGACCCGAUUGACUUUCAGCAGCUACAGGAAGCGAUACUGAAGAUUCCUGAGCUGAUGACCAUGGAGAUACCCGGAAACCAUUUUUUCUUCGUGGGGGCCGAUGGCGCCAGGAAAACAGUGGAUAUGGUCAUCAUACUGUUGGGUGUGAUGGCCCGUCAUGAGCGGGAAAUCAAACGUAUUCUCUCAACCCUUCGGAGAAAAAAGAGUAGUGGUGGAGAUGGUGGUCAAGCAAAUUAG